GAGAUCAAUCCGGAAUUAGACUGUAAACAAAACAAUCCGCUGUCAUCGCAAGAUGUGCAGUGAGUGCGUGUGCGUGUGUGUUGCAAUUGACAACAGCUGGUUAUUAAAUGCAUGAAAUGCAGAUCCUGCUGGCGAAGGAGAGUUAUUAAUGUUAGCUCAAAACAGUGGCGCAGCACAAGAGACCGCUAAUAGCUUGGUGGAAGUGUUCUAUCGGAUUGCAUAGAGAUGGCGGCAAGAUGGUCCGGUUUCGGGGACACGUACGAUCCUCGAAAUACAGAACUGAAAAGCGUAUGUUUCUCACACUUUGACGAAGAUGGUGACGGCGUCCUCAACAAAGAUGAGUUUCACAACCUCUGUUGCGAUCUCUUCACCAUCGAUGGGAACGAUCGCGUCGUAUCCAAGACGGAUUCAGCGGUCAUGAUGGCACUCUUGGAAGGGCAAGAGGAAGCUGGUAUCAAUAAGGAAGACUUUGAUUACUGUUGGAGUUAUUGGUUCAAACAGAUUUUGACUCCGAGAGCCGCCCUAUUUGUUGUGGACGUUCAGCAUGACUUUAUAGACGGCUCAUUAUCUCUGAGGAACUGCGCUGCCCAUCAUGAUGGUGCAGACGUCGUACCAGUUAUAAAUAAGCUCCUGGAGGCUUUAACAUUUGAUCUGGUUGUGUACACCAAAGACUUCCAUCCGCCCGAUCAUCUGUCAUUUUAUGACAAUUUACAUUUGAGAAAACUUCAUUCAUCGAGCAAAGUGAAAGCAAAAGAUGCCAAGUUGCUUGACACUGUGGUGUUCGACAGCAAACCGUUAGUCGAUCAGAUUCUGUGGCCGGUUCACUGUGUACAGGGUACCCGCGGAGAAGAGCUUCAUCCAGAUCUAAAGAUAGCAGAAAACCACAUUGUCGUCACGAAAGGCACAGAUUCCGACCGAGAAAGUUACUCCGUAUUCAUGGACAAUGCAAAGAAAGUCAACACGGCAUUGAUUGCCGAAUUGAGGCAAAGAGCGAUCACUGACAUUUACAUAUGUGGUCUGGCUUACGACUUCUGCGUGGGCCUUACGGCAAUGGACGCCCAAAAUUUCGGGUACCGGACGAUGGUGAUUGAGGACGCCACUAGGGGCGUGUGCCAUAAGAAGAUGGGAGAUACAAAACAGGGAUUGCUCGAUGCUGGGUGUGUAGUUGGCGAUACAUCAGAGGUCGCAGCCAUGCUGUCCAAGCGGACGAGGCACCCUCGAUGGGGUAUGGUAGCGGCGCGUAGCGUGGCCAAAGCACGGACGCUAACAAAGGGGCAACCCGAUACCGUCAAGUUGAAGAAGGAGAUACCAUGUAGGGAUCGGAACCAAAACGGCACAUCGCUCUGUUAUGAUGACAUUGGAUUCGAGCAGGAUAGCAUUGAGCUGUAGGACCUGCUCAGUUUAAUGUGUUCUAAUUGCCAAAGUACUAAAGAAAUGUAUUAAAACCCCAAAACUGGAAUUAACGUUUCUUUUCUGUUUUAGAUAUAAAGGAUCUAUGUAACUUUUGUGGGACAAAAAACACAAUGUCCACAAAUU